CCUGACUUUUAUAGGUUGCGGCCAUGAUUUUUAAGAAGAUGAAGAAGAUAGCGGAAUCGCACCUUGGUACAGAGGUUACUGAUGCUGUCAUCUCUGUCCCUGCUUAUUACAAAGACACACAACGUGAAGCCACGCGAAAUGCAGGUAUUAUUGCCGGCCUCAAUGUUUUGAAUAUCAUGAAUGAACCAACUGCUGCUGCCGUCACCUUUGGACUCGCAACAAAAUUCGAUCAGCAAAGAAACAUUCUUGUCUUUGAUCUCGGAGGAGGUACUUUUGAUGUUUCUAUUCUCACGAUAGAAGAUGGAAUCUUUGAAGUCAAGUCCAUAAGUGGGGAUACCCAUUUAGGUGGAAGGGACUUCGAUUUACGAGUCGCAGAUCACUUUAAAAAGGAAAUUCUCAACAAGAGCCACGGAAAAGAUAUCACCACCAAAGAAGCUUUUCAUCGAUUGAGUAUUGUCUCUGAACAAGCAAAGCACACCUUAUCCUCUGCCGAAUCAGCUGAUGUUGCUGCUAAACAUUUCAACUUGGAGACCUCCAUCACACGCCCUAAGUUUGAAUACCUAAAUAAAGACUUAUUUAUGAGCACGCUAAAGAUAGUGGAGAAAGCUCUGGAAGAUAGCCCGUUCCAAAAGGGUGAAAUUCAUGAAAUUCUGGUGACUGGUGGGUCUAUGCACAUUUCAAACGUUCAGUACCUACUGGAAGAUUUUUUCGAUGUAAAAACACUGAACAAAAGCCUCCAUCCACAAGAAGCUGUGGUGUAUGGAGCCGCUGUUAAUGCUGCCAUAUUAGCAAACGAAGGAAGUGCUGCAAUCCAAGACCUAAUUCUGUUGGAUAUCACACCGGUGUCCCUGGGAAUUGAGACGGCUGGAGGGGUGAUGACGACAUUAAUCAAGCGAAAUUCAGCUGUGCCAACAAAACAAGCGCAAAAGUUUACCACUUACGCCGACAACCAAAAUGUUAUUAAAAUCCAGGUCUUCGAAGGCGAGAGGCCUAUGACUAAAGCCAACAAUCUUCUUGGCGGCUUUGAUCUCGUGGACAUUGCACCGGCUCCACGCGGCGUGCCUCAGAUCGACGUAGCAUUUGAAGUAGACAAAGAUGGCAUUCUCAGUGUGUCAGCGGUCGAUACUGCCACGAUGGCGGGGAUCCAGGUGAUGACGGACAAGGGAGGAUUGUCCAAAGAGGAUAUGGAUCGAUUGGUCGAGGAAAUGGCACAAUGCAAACUAUAGUUAUGGAAAGUACUUAAUCAAGGUGUAAUCUAUCAAGAUACCUAGCAACGGAUUUGUUUUAAAUCUUUGCAGAUAGUUGUAUUAUAACCUGCUGACCACAAUGCAACAAUAAAAAGUGGGGUUUAUUGAGCCUUUUUUGAGCUACAAGCACCUAAAGAUGAAAUUAAGGGCGUUUUCAACAGGUUACCUCGUUGUUAUGGUAAGCUGUUGUUUAACAAUGCUUGUGUAUUUGUGUGACACGAUCAGAUAUUGUAACAUGACUUUAUUAAGUGAGGUAGUACUGAUCCAUGAAAGUAUAACUGCUGGAAGUGUGGGAACUUUUGGCAGCCACAGUACAUUACAUUGAGGUAUUUUCCGUUUAUAUCCCGAUACCAGGAGACACACCGAGAUUGGUGUUGUUUGCGUGGCGCGCUAGUUUUGAAGUAUAUUAUCAGGUUUCAUCGCAAAAUGUCCCAAAGGUAAACUACCAUUGAUUUGAGUAAAUGUUGUUGUAAAGCGAUCAUUCGAGAGCUGUAUUGACAUAGUAUAAACAAUGUCACUGCUGGUUAACAGCGGUCAUGCAAAUAUAUCCAGUAGUCAACGACAUUAAGAUGAGACUGUCUUAGUUUACAUGUCAACGAUAUAUUAAAAUAAUGUGCACCCAAAA